AUGACGUGCAAGCGGAAGUGGAAGGCGGAACUUCUUCAGGCCAGAGUUGAGGAGGAGGUAGCCACGAGUGUGGAAAAAGCUACUUCUCCGCCGAAAUCGAAGCAGACCAGGCAAACCAAGAAGGAGAGAGUUGAAGAGGAGGUAGCAACGAGUGUGGAAAAAUCUACUUCUCCGCUGAAAUCGAAGUGCCCGAGGCUAACCAGGAGUGCGAGAGUUGAAGAGGAGGUAGCAACGAGGGUGGAAAAAGCUGCUUCUCUGCCGAAAUCGAAGAACACGAGGCAAACCAGGAAGGCGAGAGUUGAAGAGGAAGUAGCAACGAGUGUUGAAAAAGCUGCUUCUCUGCUGAAAUCGAAGAAGACGAGGCAAACCAAGGAGGGAGGAGUUGAAGAGGAGGUAGCAGUGAUUGUCGAAAAAUCUGCUUUUUCUCCAAAAUCGAAGAACACGAGGCAAACCAGGAAGGCGAGAGUUGAAGAGGAAGUAGCAACGAGUGUGGAAAAAGCUGCUUCUCCGCCGAGGAAGUCAGUGAUUCAGGAGGUAGCUGCGGCUGAUGAAGACGGAGAGGAAUCGAGGUUUAUUGGCAAACCGAUGGAAGAUGAGGAGGCUCGUAAGCAAUACCCCAAGCGAUACGUGGGAGAGGUUUAUUGGCAAACCGAUAGAUUUUGUUUUGUUUUUUUUAUAAGAAUUGAAUUUGUAUUUUGUGAAAAUGUUGGAGAUUUAGGGGUUAUAGAUGAUCACUGUGAACUUCAAGGAUAAGUGGUAUAUGAUAAGACAAAUAAUGGGUUUUAGAAUAUAUGUGUGUCCAAGCGUUAAUGUAGCGCUGUAGCAUUUGUGGUAGGAUUAAUUCUUUACCCAUUUCCUAAAUUCGUAUGAUUUUUACCUCUCGGUGUUGUCUAACAUGGUAUCAAAGAUUUGGUUUCAAGAAUUUUUGGGUUUUAGGCUUU